UCCCCGACGUGUGUUGUUGGUUGACCCUCAGGUUAUGAUGGCGCGCCCGAAGCAGAUCCGGUCUGAUGGCCAGCUCAGCUCGCUGGCAGGGCCCAGGGAGAGCUCCACACUGAGGCCCAGUGAUCGCCUGGUGACAGCAGCAGUGAGGAAACAGCAGGAGCGUGGUGGUGUCCAGCCAGGGAUGGAGAAGCAGGAUGUGAUCUCAGCUCAUGGUGUCCCUCAUGAUGGGGACAGUGAUGGAAGUGACACUGACUCUUCACUCGAUGACGAGCAUCCUGAGCAGUCGAUGAAGCAAGAACUCUCCAAACUGUCCUUUGAACAGCUUCAAGAACUGCAAAACAAAGUUGGGCUCAAACUUUACAACCAGCUGGUAGAUGGUGGAAAGAGGCCAGGGAGCUGUAAGGAGCAGAAACAGUGUCACCGAACCAGGUGGGUGUGAGUGCACAUCAUUGCUGCCUGUGUCUCCACAUCUCAGCUCACCCUUCCCUUAACCCCAUUAAUCCCAUUAAGCCCAGCUCUGAACCAUGUACCCUCACCGUGUGUGAGAAUGUCAACCACGCACCCACAUUUCGUCACCAC